AGAAAUCUGUGAAGCAGAAGCCAUACAAUUCUCAUUUCAUACAACGGCUAGAAAUCUGUGAAGCAGAAGCCAUACAAUUCUCAUUUCAUACAACGGCUAGAAAUCUGUGAAGCAUAAUCCAUACAAUUCUUAAACAUACUUUCUUCAAAAAAAUCACAAUCAAUCAGGUUUCUUGACAGCCAGUCCAGUCAUGGAGAGCACACUGGUUAACAAAAUAAACUUUUCCCUAAAUCUAUUAAAGCAAACAUCAUUCUACACAAAAAUGGCGGAACAACUUGAGAAAAAUGAAUUCAAGGCCCAAAUUCAAAGGUUGAAAAGCAUGCAGGAAAACGGCGGAAUAGAAAUGGUGAUCUAUGAGAUUGGAAGCAUGGAAAGCAGCGAGGAAUCCUGCUUGCAAUUCGCUCUUGCCCUUGUCCUAAAAAACGAAUUACACCUGGUACAAGACAUAACAAUCUACGAUCAAAAUCUCUCUGCAUCUGAACUUGAAGUCAUAAACCAUUUCCAAUGCCAAUGCCAUUCAAACACCACAGUAAACAAAGUGGAAAGACCCACUCUGUUCUUCAUAAAUGGCUGCAAAUUUUAUCUCUGGAAUAACAUUCUGGAGGCCAAUUUUAUGCCACAGGAAUUGAACAAGAUUGUUAUUUUAGGCAGGCCACUUAAACAAUGGGUCAAAUCUUUGCCAGAAAACUUUGGGGAAAUCAAAUAUGCUUCAACAAUCAUGAAAAAAAAGCCACAAAUAAUUAAAGAAUUCCCAAUAUUAAUGAGAACGGGGGAGGAUUUGAACCUGAGUCACCCACAGUGGUGGAGCUUUCAUAUUGAUGGCGCCACCAUAGACCCUCAUCAAAUUGCUCUUCGCCAAGUGUUCUACAAUCUGUCGUUGCAUUUCUUUGACGUCUUUGUUAAUCCAUUCAAAAUUACAUCAAUUCACCCUCACCCGUGGAAGGUCCUAAAUUCGACUCCUCCCCCUCCUCCCCCUAAUAUUAACAGAAAACCCUGUUCAUCGCAGGCCCUAGAUCUGACAGACCCCACGGCUGACGAGAUCAAAAUCCGCGAAGCCAUCGAGGCCUCCAUAAUUCGGCUGGAGGCCUCGUCGUUUUACAAGAAAUUCACAGAAACAAUAAAAUGCCCCGAAUUCGUUCAACAUUUUGAACGGCUGAAGCUUACACAGCAACAAUUGACGGGAAAUUCGGAAAAUUUUAAGUUGCGGUUAGUUUUAUACGGGGUGGGCAAAAUCGAGAAGUCGGAACGUUCCAGGCUGCAAUUCUCACUUGUGAUUUUGCUGCAGCGGGAUUUUGAUUGGGUGGGGGAAUUGACUGCUUUCGAGCCCGAGGCAAGCCAUACAGAGAUCAAAGUUAUGCAGGGGUUUGGAUGCGAUUGGAUCACUAAUAAUGAAAAAGGGCGGAGAUUUGUGCACAAGCCAACACUUUUUUACAUGCCUGCGGUUCCAGUGUUUGUGCACAACGAUCUUAUUUCUUCAAAUUGGGGUUUUUCUGGAUUGAAUAAGAUGAUUAUUUUGGGUAUAAGUUUUAAGACGACAGCCUCCAUGGUUCCUCAGAUGACUUACAUUUUUCAGGUGCUGCAACGCGAUGGGAUUGUGUUUGAAGUGCCUGUUAAUGGACAGGGAUGUGGCCCUCCAGAUGAUUGCUCCCAUGCUUUCGAGUUUUAUGGUUGGCAUUUUUUCAACUCCUCUGCAAAUUCUUGUGAUCAGGACAAGAUUUCAGUUCCAAAUUGUUUACCUUUGAAGAUGAGUGCAGAAUGAAUCUGUUUUUUUUGCAGGAAUCAUUUUCAAUUGGAUUUCGCAUGGUCUAGUUUGCCUUGCUUUUAUAUAUAUAAUUUUGC